ACAUCAUGAAGAACUACAUUCUACGAAAAUUCGAAUAUUUUUACAAGGUGCAGUGUACAGUGCAGCAAGUUUUCUAGAAAAAGAUGAAUUGGACUACCGAAUUGUUACUUGCAACUGAAGUGUUCUCGUGCGCUCCACGUAUUGUGUUGAAAAAAUAAUUUAUUACAGUGCUGAUUUAGCUUAUAUUAAUUUACGAAGUACCUAUUGUAGAAGUUUGGUGUAAUAGAUUUUUAUAAAUUCAUCUAAGUUUACUUUCUUCAGAAUAUUGGAUAAAAAUCGUCUCUCUAGUAGCAACACAAUUUUAGUAACCAGUGCAAAGGAAGCUAUCUGAAGAACUGACCAGUCGGCAAGACUAUAAACUGCGUGUGAUAUAUUACUAUUUAAUUUUAAAGCAUUUAAAAACCUUGAAUUCUAAAUUCGAUUAUUUUAAUAGAGGAAAUACUCAAGACAUUCGAAUUUUCGAGUAUUUUAAUAAACACAACUAAUUGAAAAAGAAGAAUAUAUAUUAUAGAAAGAAGAAUUGAAGAAGACUUAAAUAACGAAGUGAAGCCACAGAUUCUAGAAUAAAAUAUAACGACGUGAAAUUGCCACAGAUUCUAAAUAUUUAUUGAUUCUCGUAGAUAUAAAAGACACUUAAAAGCAUUUACUUUAGAAAAACAAGAAAUCAAUAACUUAUUAUUAAUACACAUAAUAUAUCACAUAUAAACAUAAAUAGAAAUCAAUAGAAGAAUUAUAUAUAAUAGCGGAAAAUAGCAAUCACAUUAAUACGUGCAAUACUAGGUAUAUAGAUUAUAACGGAGAAGAAUAAUUGUGACUACUUAAAUAGAAGAAUAGCUGUGACUACUUACUUAAUUAGAAGAAUUAAAAAGAACUUAAAUUAAUUAGUUAAGACACCCGUGAUAUUGGAACAGACUGCAAAGAGGAGGCUACGCUACGAUACGCUAAAGUUUAUUAUUUUACAAUAAUUAUAAGUAAUGAGAGACAACAUGAAGCCUUGCCAACACUCGCUGUCAGAUGAUGUGCUGUACAAAGAUGUUGUAGUCAUCGGCAACGGCCCCAGCGGGAUGGUGACGUCAUUCAUGCUGGCAGGCAACAUCCCCCACCUCAAGCAGAUCCCCGACGAUCUGCCCAUUGACGAAAUGUUAAAAAUCAGAUUACAGAACUUACCUCCCGGACAGAACCUCCUGGAGGUCGAUCUCAUGGCGCUGGCAGAGGGUCUGGAGGGCCGCAGCCAAAACCCCAUAGCUUUACUAGUAGACAAUUUACUGCGUCCCUGCGCUGACCUCGGCAUUCAGGAGGAGUCGCUGAUAGAGUGGCGCUAUGACGUUGAGAAACAGAUAGAGCACGUGGUGCUGGGCAGGGGCCCGCCCGGCGGCGCGUGGCCCACGUUCCCGGGCGGCGUGCGCACGCUGUCGCCGGGCGCGUGGCUGGCGCUGCCGCCGCACGCCGCCGUGGGCGCGGGCGGUGGGCGCGUGCCGGCGCGCGCCGUGGCCGCCUACUGCCGCCGCUACGUGCAGGCGUGCCAGCUGCAGAGAUACUUUCGGAGCGGCGUGGUGGUGACCAGCGUGACGCGAGCGCCGCGCGCCGGCCCGCCCUGCCACGUGUCGUGCCCGCGAGCUGCCAACUUCUGGGUGUCAGGGUACGACAAGUCAGCGGGCUGCGGGUUCCGCUACUUGUGCCGGCGCGUGGUGGUCGCCUGCGGCGCGGGCGACCGCCCCAACGCGCUGCCGCCGCGCGUGUCGCGCCGCGCCGUGCACUCGCUGGCGGACGUGCAACGCGCGCUGCAGCUACUAGCCGACAGAGGUGACGGCGAGAAGUCGGUGCUGGUGGUGGGGUCGGGCGUGAGCGCGGCGGACGCGGUGCGGCUGGCGCGGCUGGCGGCGCUGCCCGUGCGCCACGUGCACCGCGCCGCCGCAGACUCGCUCGCCAAGCUGUCGCCCGUCGCCUACCCGGACUACUGCCACGUAUACAAAAUGAUGCUGGACGGACCCACCGGCAACCACCCCAACUACACCCCAUACCCCGAACACAUCAUAGUGGACAUCGAACCUGUAACCAGAGAAACAUCACUGAAACAUAAAGAAGAAUUCGACGACGAAACUUUACAGCCCAAGAGGGUAAAACUACUCAACUUGGUCACAAACAAAACAGUAGAAGUAACAGCGAACCUCAUAGCCGUGCUCAUCGGCUCCAAACCAGACCUAUUCUUCUUACAAACAAACUUUAACUUAAACGAAAUGGACAUACAGAAGGAAUGCAUCAAAUGCAUGGACAAAAAGGACGAGAACCAAAGACUGUGUUUCCUGAAGAACCAUUGGAACAACCUCAAAAGUGUCCUCGGACAAGGCAUACAGAGCUGCAAAUCUCGAUACUUGAACUAUAGUGAAAUCAACGGCAACACGGAUACAAAGUGUCUCGAGACAAACUGUAACGAGAGGAAGUUGAGCUCGGACACAGAGAUUGACAAGAGUGCUGUGAACUGUAAAUGUACACACAUAAAUAUCAUUCCGGACAGCGACAAGAAGAUUGACUGUGAUUGUCAACCCGUGAACCCGUACAGUUCUGGGAUUGGCUUUGGUGUGGAUCCUACUAAGCCAGUGGACGGUCGAUCGAACCCCAUAGCCAUAGACAAGAGCACGCACGAGAUACUGAACGCGCCCAAGGGCAUGUACGCGCUGGGGCCGGUCACCGCGGACAACUUCAUUCGCUUCAUCCCCGGCGGCGCUGUGGCUAUCGUAUCGCACUUGCACAGAGAGAUGAAGGAAUGACUCACUUGCCAUUAGGAAUUGUGAUUUUAUUAUUUAAAUUUUUUUUUUACAAUAAAUUAUUUUUUAUACCCCUA